AUGGCCGCAGCGCUCCACGCAGGGCGAAUCAGCGCCGCCGAUUUCCCGCUCGCCGCAGCCAGACUCGCAGCAGCGUGUAACGCAGCGGAAUUCGCGCAGUCGAUGGGUGAGCCGCCUCGCAGCUUCUCCGUGACGGCAGACGCGCGGCGGAGUGGACGAGCGGGGAGCGCAGAAGCAGCGGGGGCAGCGGCGCAAAGUGCGGGGGCUGGUUCUGCGGCAGACGCGGUAGGGGAACGGCAGGGAGUGGAGGGCGCUCGUUGUGAGGGGCGCGCGGAGGGCGAGAGGCGCGCGGAGGGCGAGAGGCGCGCGGAGGGCGUGAAGUGGCAGUGGGUUGCGGCACAGGCGUCGUCGCUGGCAGUGGGAGGUGAGCACACGGCGAGUGGGCGAGAGGGUGGGGCGACGUGGACGCUCGCACCUACUACCCUUUUCCCCCCUCCCCCCUCCACCUCCACUCCCUGUCUCUCGCACUCUCUCCCGGCACCCCACUGCUCAUCAUCCGCUCACCUCCCAGCCCUCCCUGCCCGCUCCGGCUCCCUCCCCAACCGCCUCUCCCACUCCCUCGUAGUCACGCGCCCCUCUGCCACUCCUCCCCACUCCACGCCCGUCUUGCCACCCGCGCGUCCCUCCUCCAUUCAUCCUCUCUCACGCUUCACUGCCAUCGUUUCUCCCCGCCUCACCCUCUCGUCUCAACCUCCCUCCCUCUCUCCCUCCCUCCCACCGCCCUGUGCUAGGCGGCUACCUCACCACCCUCCACCCGCUGCUGCUGCACCGCACACACACUCCCCCCCACCACAGCCAGCAGCACAGCCAGCAGCAGGGGUGCUGCUGCGAUGGGCGGUGCAAGGAGGAAUUGACUUGAGUGGCGAGGAGGCGCACGACCCUGCCACUCUGCGCUGCUGCCUGCAUGCCCAUCACACGGCAGUGCUGGCAGCAGGUGCAGCAGCAGCAUCGUCACAGUCACAGCUGCAUGUACCCAUGUCAGCAGCAGCACAGGCAGUGCAGCACUCAGGGGGGACAAGCGGAGAGGCACCUGGUGGGUGGAGGGGUGGCGAUGCAGCAGGUGGGACGAGGAGUGAGCAGCAACCCUGGGACGUGGAAGCAAGUGACACGCUGGCACUGCUGCAUUGUCAUGUCGUGUUCGAUGCUGUCUUCUCCGUGCCGCAACUUCUGCUCCUGCCAUGCCGCCCAGACGGCCGGCCCCUGCCCUGGCAGGACCUGUUCGCCUUCCUGCCUCGCCUCCCCGACCACCCCUUGCUGCCCUCACCCCUCCCCUCCACUGCCUCCACUCUCCCCCAUCCUGCUGCUCCUCCCUCACCCCCUUCAUCCACCCCUCUUCCACCCACUGCGCAUGACACUUCUCUGGACACCUGGCACCUGCUCACACCCCUGGAGCAUCCCUUCCUGGGUCGGCCCUGCGUGGCUCUUCACCCCUGCAACACUCCCUCCACCAUGGCACUCCUGCUGCACGUUGCUAGUGCUGCUGCUGAUGCUAGUGCUGCGAGUGCUGCUGGAAUUGCUGCAGAUGGGGCUACCAGUGAGGCGAGCGCAAGGCGAGCAGCGGUCGGUGCACCUGUCCCCACCACCACUGCAGCAUCGCAUCAUCACUCCCUGGCGCUCGAGCUCUACAUGCUGAGCUGGCUCUCCCUGGUUGGCCGCAUUGUUGGAAUGCAGAUGCCACCGCGUCUGCUCACCCGAAUGGCUGAGCUGACUGCAAGAACACUUUGA